AUGGCAACCAACCUAUUACUUGGCAACAAGACAGCAACCAACCCACUGCUUGGGGACAAGAAAAGAAAGACAUCCAAAGUCAAUCUGCUCUGUUUCCUUCUGUAUUUGCUGUGCGUUGGUGACGUCACAUCUGGAUUCAGCAUAUUGAAAGACAGAAUCCCAAACGGUGACAAAGUCCCCAACCCAUGUGACAGAACAGAGGUAUGGCAAGGCGUAGGUCACCAGGCUAGGGAAGGCCGAGGACUAACAAACCCAUUCGGCCUAGCGUUCAAGAAAAACAACUUUGUUUGGGAUAAGACCUUCUGCAUGCUAGACUCAGAUGGAGACGGGGCGACAAAUGGACGAGAGCUCGGAGAUCCACUCUGUUUAUGGAAAGUUGGAACCAGUCCUGUCUUUGAACCAUACGGCCAUCCUGGUAUUUGUGAACCAUGGAACUCCCCCUUCUGUCGAAAACAAAAUGCCAAUUGGUUACAUUGUACGACGCUUCCGGUAGAUUGUGAGUACAUCGGAUUGCCAGGUGUUCUAAACAUGCAGAUUAGAAUACCGGAAACAGUUGUUCCAGCCCAGGAGAUAUCCUAUAGGUGUGUGAACCUGGAGUUCCCGGCCGAUAGGGAUUAUCACGUGAUCGCGGAUACGGCUUUCGUGAACAACAGCAAUAUUUUACACCAUAUGACAUUACAGGCAUGCUCCCCUGAAGUAACUCCUGCAUCCCUAGCACAUCCUCUAGGCCAGGUUUACCCGUGUGAAAUGAUGGCGGAGCCUGUUAAUUGUCCAGAAAUAAUGGCCGGGUGGAGCCAGUCGAUCGGCGGAAACUGUCAUCCUCGCGAGGCCGGGUAUAAGAUUGGGCGGACCGGGUCUCGGUAUGCUGUUCUUCAGGUGGCGUGGACCAACCCUACCAAGGCUGUUGGCCAGAGGGACAGCUCAGGAAUACUUCUGUUUUAUACUGCUAACCUGAGACCAUUCAACAUCGGAAUGAUCACAGUGGGAACAAACAGCCUAGCUCUACCUCACGGGGAGAGAGGGUUUGACGUAGAGGCAAAGUGUCACACGGAGUGUACGAGGAAACAGCUGUUAAGUUCUAUAUACCUUCUAAACGGGUAUAACCAUAUGCAUUACGCAGGAACCGAAAUGAGAAUAGCUAUGAAAAAGUUCAGAGAGACCCAGGAACAGACGUUGACACGUGACAUUGUGUACGAUUACCACAAUCCCAUAAUUCAUCAGCUACCGUCACCAGUAGAAAUAAAACCUGGAGACGAGAUCUUCACUUCCUGUUCCUACAACACGAUGACACGGAACACUACGACGUUCUAUGGGAGAACACCCUUUGAUGAGAUGUGUCUGGGCAUGUUUAGUUACUACCCGGCCGAGCGUCUCUCUCCCCGACAUUGUCUGUCGGAGGGAGACUUACCCCAGUGUCUACUGACGGACCAGAGGGCCGUCAUUGACAGGUGUCCUGUGGUGACAUUUCCGUCAAGUCCCGAAGCUAACGCCAUCAUACAACUGUUAAAAGAGAACUGCGUUUCCUUUCGAUGCAAUAGGGAAUGUGUGAAUGUCGUAAAGACUAUCAGAAUGAAUCCAUGUUUUAUGGGGAGAGUAAAGGACUAUAUGAUAACCCAACUAGAGAAAAUUCAUGGACUAGAUUCAAUAACACGCCUGCAGUCGUGUGAUGUGGAGAUCGCAAGAGAACAGGGAUUCUGUUCUACACCUGUAGGCCAGGCCAGAUGUUUCUGUAGCGACCCCCCGAUGAAGCGUACGCUAUAGAGGAGUUCUGUCCGUAACCAACACCAACGAGUAACAAUGUAAGCUAAAGAGGAGUUCCGAACAUAAAGUACACUACACUGGCUUGUCUGUCGUAGUUUUUCUGCUUUCCGCUAGGCUUCACUUAAAGAAGAUAACGACAGGCCAGGGCUAUCGAUCCUGUUAUUUUGAUUGGCUAAUAUGUAUAUAGGCCAGGGGAUCUUCCUUUUCCAAGAUGGUGUCUAGAAAUGUUCUCGGAAAAUUAUUCAAACACGUAUUUCUUACAAUUGUCAGUAAUCAAACACAGUACUUGUGUGUGCAUGGAAAAUUAUUCCACAUACCGUCGGUUGUGUAUUGAAUGUUUAAACCGAUAUGGUUUUUCAAGCAGACUCUCGAGUUUUCAACGACUUUUCAACAUCAUUGCAGCAUAAUAUACUUUGACCUGUUAAUUGGCAUGCUGCCAAAAGAAAAUCCCCAGCAUGAAAUCAAAAUAAGAUUCAUUGAUUGAAUUGGCCAAUCACAGUUCGACUGGUCUGGAUCCUGACCAAGAUAUAGGUCAUAGCUUGUAUUAGCACUUAUCUAGCGGAGAGAACUGUUAGGAAGGUAAUUCAUGUUUGUCAGGAUUCUGGCUUAGCGAGAUCUGAUUGGUCAAUUCGAUCAACGCAUUGUUGGUUUGAUUUUGACAGGUUCGGGAUUCCCUCUUGUUUACGAUAGUAAUUCUCUUGAGAUGAACCAUCGGUAUUUCAUGCAGCCUGGAGAACAUAGCGAUUGUAAAAAAAUUUUAAAAAAAUCCGUGAAAAUUUUCAGACGCCAUUUUGAAAAGGGGAUAUCCCCUGGCCUUUAUCAGUGUUACCCAAUCAAGAUAGCCGGAUCGAUAGCUCUAACCUGUCGUUAUAUUUUCGAAGAAAAGCCGAUCGGAGAAUUGAAACACUACGGCAGGCCAACAAGUCUACACUAUCAUAAAGAUUUCAGAACGUAGCUUACGAGCAACACUGUCGAACAUAGAGGAGUUCCGAACAUAACGAACACUGUCAGAUAUAGAGGAGUUCCGAACAUAACGAACACUGGCAGAUAUAGAGGAGUUCCGAACAUAACGAACACUGGCAGAUAUAGAGGAUUUCCGAACAUAACGAACACUGGCAGAUAUAGAGUUCCGAACAUAACGGACACUGUCGGAUAUAGAGGCGUACUUGCAAUACACUACAUAAUGAUUUUAUGGGUGAUGAUUUUUUUUUUCAAGAUUUUAAGCAUUCCGAUUUUCCCCCUUUGUUGUCAUGAUGAUCACUUCCGAAGAAUAAUUCCAACAUUGCAAUUAUACAAUACAGACCGCCAUGACUGGCUCUCCCGAAGUUCAUUUUGCCUGUUUUAAAACGAGCAGCAUCUCUACAAAAUUCGAACUUCCACUGUCAGACAUGAGAACUUGUUUCGCUUUCUUAUCGUGCUAUUUGAGUGUAUCAUUGCUUUAACAGCUAUUGAAGAUAUAUCGGUGCCAUGGCUAGACAAGGACGGAGGACCAAUCCGUAUUGGAAUGUUUUCUUGCAAUUGAAACAUGGUUCCAAUGCUAUAAUUGAUAUAUCCUUUAAUGAGAAAAGCUGGAACUGUUUUCACCAGUACUUCUAAUUACAAUUUUCAUAUUUAAGUAUUGUCAUCGAUUAUACACGAAUAUUGAUUUGUUACGUGACAGCGGCUCUAAGACAGGCCCAUUUUCUAUUGGCUAUACAACAUCAAACUCUUCACAUGUUUUAGGUAUUAUAAAUCAACUAUAUUGAAUCAUUGAAAUACACACCAUGUUUACCUGUGCUUAAUAUUGAUUGUAAUCUAGACAGCGGCUAAUCAAUACGCAUAUCACUCCAUUUUAACAUCAAUAUUUCAUUCAGACGAAAACUAUCCGCGGCAAACAUUAUGAGAUUGAUAUCUGAGGAUAAUUGUCUGGGAUAUAGAACGGCAAGAAACAAUAACAAUUCAUGAAUAAAGUUUUUAGUCGAGAA